CCUUUGAGGAGGGAGGCGUGCUUCAUAGCCAAGAAAAAAACAAAACAUUCUCCGCCCCUUCACAAAAUUCGUACGGAGGCGUAGGCUAUGCAUUUACAUAGGCCUACCAAACGACAUCGUGCUCUUUUUAUCUAGCUAACCAGCCACAGUUCCUUGUUCAGUUUUUUUUCUCAUGAGAAGUGCCGCCAUGUUUUUGUGAGACAGGAUGACAGCAGUGAGCGGCGCAGAGGAGCACAGUUAGUGAAAAACGACAUUUUAACGAAAUACCGGACGCACUGCUAUUAUUUUUGUCGUCUACAUUAGCGGAAUAGGGAAGCUAUGUUCUUUUGAAGAUAUUUUGGUAAAAAGCACGAAAUUACGUCGAGGUCGACCCUUGGAUAUUUCAUCAUAAUUCCGUUUUCCUAUGGCGUAGGAACCUCUUUUCAAUAUUGAUAUAUUUUCUUUUCUGGGGAAUGGGAGUGGGACCUCCCACGCAAAAGAAAUUUCGGCUAUUUUUUUUAUAAAGUGAAUCUGAAGAAUUCCUAAACAAAUGAAUAAUAUAACAACACAUUCCUGCAUUUGCCCAACUACCUCUGCGUAUUCGUGGUGGGGACAUGAGUAACGAAUACAAUUUUUUGAAGGGUAUUUGAUUGACCUCAGCAUAGCCUAUGGUUAAUCAGUUGUUAAAACAAAGACAGAAAAGAACGAAGUGAAUUCAAGGAAAUACUUUCUACUGUGAAACUGCGAAAGGACACUGUUCUAAGAUGACGGGCACUAUCCCAGCGGAUAUGAUCAACUUGAGGCUCAUUUUGGUGAGCGGAAAAACAAAGGAGUUCCUGUUCUCACCCAACGACUCAGCUGCAGACAUCGCCAAACAUGUGUACGAUAACUGGCCUAUGGACUGGGAGGAGGAGCAGGUUAGCAGUCCUAACAUCCUGAGGCUCAUCUACCAGGGCCGGUUCCUGCAUGGCAACGUGACACUAGGAGCAUUAAAACUGCCCCAUGGAAAGACCACAGUGAUGCAUUUAGUCGCCAGAGAGACGUUGCCCGAGCCAAAUUCCCAAGGGCAGAGAAACCGCGAGAAGACCGGAGAGAGCAACUGCUGUGUGAUUCUGUAAAUACAUCGCCUCCAUCCCCCAAGCUGAACAGGAUGCAUUCGUAGUUUGCCUCCCAUGCUGCUGAAACACACACACACACACACACACACACACACACACACACACACACACACACACACACACACACACACGUCCAGGAGAAAAUGAAUGAAUAGGAACAGUGAAGACAUUGCAAUAUGGAAAGAAAAGGAUGCAGCAUUAGACCUAGGUUAGAGAAUGAGGAAGGACUCAGAGCUUAGUGUCUCUCCAUUAGUUUCAGCACUAUGCUGUCCAUGCAUCCUGCCCCUAGAAUCUUAACUCCUGUCUAUGGCCUUUUAUGAACUCUCUCCCUCUAUCUCUCACUCUCUCAUUUACACACACACACGCACACACACUCAUAUAUACACACACACACACACACACACACACACACAUAGUUUGCACAUGGAGAAGGCCAUCUUGUUCAUCAUGUUAUUGCACAUAGCAAAUGAUUCUUCCGAGCCAGGGCUGCUCUCAUUACUUCUGGGGCUUUGAGACUGUCGGUCGGUGUGAGAGAAGGAAAUUCACAGGGUCAGAUGGGCCGUACAGCCCCCACCCCACCAAAUGAAAUAAAGAGGCAGAUACAGUUAGCUACUUAUUCUCCUAAUUGGUUGUCCACGUCAUACUUUCAAAGUGAAGGGAUGUUCCCAGGCAGCCGUGUUGCCCAACUGAGGCAGAGGACGCUUUCUCCCAUGUGCGCGCGCUGUGCUGCUCUGACCAGGACACAAGUAGUGUUCUAACCACUGAUUUAAUCAACACGCGUAAUCAUUUUUUCAGUGCAGUAGACCAAGUGAUGACGUGCCUGAUUGAAAGCAUAGGGAAUCUGGCUGAUGCUUUGUUUAUCUGUUUUAUUUUUUCCCUUAAUUUCUGAAUGCAUUUCUGAAGUGCACAUUAUAUGGAUGUAACUCCUAAUACUUAGUAGUGCAAUUCCAAUACUUGAUGCAGACAAGGUAGAUAUGUUGUUCCCCUUACUCUCAUAUGAAGGUCUAAUCAGUGCAUAACAACGCGUUUUAACAGUCCACACUUUUUGACCAAUCAGUGUUGUCUGCCUUCAUCAGUUUGAAACGGCUUUGUUGUGUAGGGAAUUUAACAACUUCUCGAUUUAUAUUAAAUUUUUUCAUGUUUUUUUUUUUCAUGUUUGUUUGUUUUGUUUUUGUCUAAACAUAGUGGAAAUCGAGGUUUGCAAUCUAAGCCAGAAGAUGAUUAUGGAGUGACGUUGGAAUUUGUUUGGUCUUCAUGUAAUGAAAUCCAUUUGCACAACAGUGAAGCAUGUGCUCUUUCAUCUUAACCUGUAAUUUUGUUUCUUUUGAUAUUUUUCCAAAAUGGGAAUUGUAUUCCAAGGUUACAUAUGUGUAGAUUAUAUUUAAUAUGAAUCUUAUAUAGAACAUAACUAUAGAUCUUAUUGGUAUAUAUAGGUGUUUAGUGUAUGAUUGUCAAUAUGAUUAGUACAUUAGAAAAUGUCACUUGCUGACAGUGUCUCGUACUUACAGCAGGAUACCCCCUAAUCAUUUACAAGUUGUACUGUGUUUUUCCUUACUUUUUGUUUUCAGCUGUUGAUGAUAUGAUCAAUUCUCUUGUGGGUUUUUGCUUUAAGGAAAUGCUUUAUAACACAUUGCUAGGUCUUAAAGAGUAUUGUUCAUAUUGAUCAGGAUUCAAAUCUGUACAUAGCAAAAUGUUUUCAAACUGACUGUAAAUAGAACUAAUGCUUUCCCCUUCCAACUACAAAUGGAGAAACUCUAUAAACAGAAUAAAAGAACUAUUGAAGUGGA